AUGGCUGAUACCAAUAAGUUGGAUAAUCAAAGGAUAAAGAGCUUUAAGAAAAAAGGGCGGGAUCUGGAGACUGUGAGACGACAACAAAAUGAGAUCGUUGUUGAACUAAGAAAAAUCAAAAGGGAUGAACACUACUUAAAACGAAGGAAUGUCCUUGUGGGAAAUGAAGAAACUGACCCUGAUGGUGAUAUCAGAGUGCAAAACGUAUCAUUAGAAGAAAUAGUAAAGAAUGCAACUAGUGAAAACCAGGAAGUCCAGCUAGGAGGCGUGCAAGCUGUGAGAGAGUUAGUUUCUACUGAUUAUGCUCCUCCAAUAGGUGAUUUAAUCAACUCUGGCAUUUUUCCAAUUCUUAUGCACUGUCUACAACAGGAUCAUAAUCAUCAAUUACAGUUUGAAGCAGUAUGGGCUCUAGCAAACAUUGCUUAUGGUCCUUCAGAGCACACAGAGGCUAUGAUUAAAUCAAAUGCUGUUCCACUCUUGUUAAGGCUGCUAUAUUGUCCUCACCAGGAUGUGUGUGAACAAGCAUUACUGGCUUUAGGCAACAUCAUAGCGGAUGGGUCUAAAUGUAGAGAUUAUGUCAUUAGUCUAGGAAUUAUAAAGCCCCUGCUUUCUUUUGUCAAUGCUUCAGUCCCUAUUACUUUCCUUCGCACUGUCACAUGGGUCAUUGUUAAUCUCUGCCGUCAGAAAGACCCUCCCCUGAUAAAGGCAACUGUUGAAGAGAUUCUUCCAGCUCUAUGUGUUCUUGUUCACCAUAAUGAUAUGCAUGUCUUAAUAGACACUGUUUUGGCUCUGUCCUAUAUAACAGAUGCUGAAGACGAGCAAAUCCAGAUGGUUAUAGAUUCAGGAAUAGUUCCUAGUUUGGUGCCUCUUUUUAGCCAUCAGGAGGUUAAUAUUCAGACUGCAACAUUACGAGCUGUAGGAAAUAUUGUAACUGGUACUGAUGAACAAGCACAAGUAGUUUUGAAUUGUGGAGCUCUCUCUCAUUUCCCAGCAUUACUAACUCACCCUAACAUGAAAAUCAACAAGGAUGCUGUAUGGUUUCUCUCCAAUGUCACUGCUGGAAACCAGCAACAGGAACAGGCAGUGAUUAAUGCUAAUCUUGUUCCUUUAAUUGUAAAUCUCAUGGAAAAUGGAGAUUAUGCUACUCAGAAAGAAACUGCCUGGGUUAUAGCCAACCUAGCUAAUUGUGGUAGGAAAGAUCAGGUCGACUACUUGAUUGAACAGAAUGCAGUAGUUCCUUUCUGCAAGCUGCUAACACUGCUGGACCCUCAGAUAAUUAUUGUGGUGCUGGAUGGAUUAAGUAAUAUCCUAAAUACAGCAAAUGAUAAAACAGAACUGGUAGCAAAUUCAAUUGAAGAAUGUGGAGCUUUGCAAAUGAUUGAACAACUACAACUGCACGAAAAUGAGGAGAUAUAUAAACUGGCAUAUGACAUCCUUGAUCAGUUGACAUCAGAGGAAGGUGAAGAUGGAACUCUUGAGACAGAUAACAUGGAAGAUACAAAACUUGGCUUUAGCUCUUCUGCAAGCAGUCCAGAAAAACAAGUUCAAAUCUGA